CGGAGGUAUACGUAAAUUUACCGGAAAACGUACGUCCAUGGACACCGCAGAAGAAUUUUCUAGCUCUCAGGCGAAAAACAAUACUCUGCGAGCGGCUUUCUGAAUAAACUCUGUCUUUUGGGACAGUUUGAGCUACUUUACGUACGUAUUACACUUUUACGAACCAUGGGGAGGAGUAGGAGCCGAACCCCGCCGAGACGAGAGAGGAGGCGGUCCCGCUCCGGCUCUCGGGACAGAGACAGAAGGCGGCGGGACAGAGAGAGGACACGCUCCAGAGACCGAGACAGAGACCGCAGAAGGAGUCGCUCCCGGUCCCCACACCGGAGGAGGUCCAGAACCCCUCCUCGACGCCAUCGCUCAUCGUCCCUCUCUCCUGUGAGACAAAAGGACAGACGCGAUGAUGACCGCAAAGAGAAGGAAAAACAACCCAAGCCCAUUCAGAUCUCGGCUGAGGACAUGGAGGGUAAAACAGAAGAGGAAAUUGAGAUGAUGAAAUUAAUGGGCUUUGGCUCAUUUGAUUCCACCAAGGGCAAGAAGAAAACUGAUUCAUCGGUAAAUGCUUAUGCUGUGAAUGUCACCAUGAAGAGAAAAUACAGGCAGUACAUGAACAGGAAAGGGGGAUUCAACAGACCACUGGAUUUUAUUGCAUGAGACCUCAUCAUCGAUUUGUGUUGCUGGACAUACGUACCUUCGUCUCCCUCACAUUUGUGGACACUGUGCUAUUUUAUGUUAUAUUUUAUGUAUUAUUUGAUGCAUUAGUUCUUGAAUUAACUUUUGGUGUAAAUACAAAGCUUGCAAUAAACUGUAGUCCACAUUGUUUAUUGUUAUGUAUUGUUUAGUGUUACAGAACUCUUCACAAAUAGUUUCAAAUAAAGCUGUUUUAUUAUGCUGAA